AUGUACGAUGGAGGUCCGGACAUCAUGUGUUACAGGAGCUAUGGGCCCGUUUUGGAAAAACUCAACCUCACCGAAGCUGAUCUGGACACGUCGUUACCGUAUAUACACAAUGAACAGAGUAAACCUCACAGUUCUUUGCAACCGUUUUUUAAAUUGUAAUCUUUAGGUUCCAUGGGAAUUCAUACGAUUUUCGAAUUCUCCAUGGGGCUCUUCGCAUUCGCCUUGAACGCCAUUCUUUUUGCCAUUGUCCAAAAACAUCAUCGCGAGUAUUCAUCUUUAGUCACAAUUCUACAAAUCAGCAUGGCAGUUGACGUUUACAUGGCUGCAAUGACUGCGGUUUGCCAGCCCGUAGUCCAUGUUACAUAUGGAUUCUUUUUUUGCUAUUGUCAGAAUCCCCUGCUGCCGCAGAUCCCAUGGCUACACAAUGUGUUGAUGACGAUGGAGGGGAUGGCAAUUAUGGGGACGGUGAUUUGGGUUCCGAUCCAAUUUGCCUUUCGGUAUCAGUUUAUAUCAAAGUAAGUAAGAAGAUUCAAGGGCAGUGCUUCAAAUAUGAUCUCCGCUUCCUCUGAAAAACGGAAUCUACAUCAUUCUGUAAUUGAUAUGAGGCCACAAAACCUAGGAAAGAUCUGAGCGCUCAUUCUCUUAGAACACUUGCUAGCCUUUGAUGUACCGCGAGGUACCUGAUCCAUUGGCAAAAAAACGUAUUAUUUUGCACCCGGGAAGUAUUAAAAAUGUGGCAAAAUACCUCCCAUUACAAUAAAAAAAACCCUGUUUUGAAAUGCGCGCCCUUUCCCUUACUUAGAUAUAAUAAAUUGGAGAAAGUUACGGCCACAACUAAGGUACAGUGACAGACCUGAUCCAUUGGCAAAGAACGUAUAAUUUUGCAUCCGGGAAGAUCCAAAAUGUGGCAAAAUACCUCCCAUUACAAUAAAAAAACCCAGUUUUGAAAUGCGCGCCCUUUCCCCCACAAAAAGAGCGGGCGCGCUUUUGAAAUCUGACUUGUGAGUUUUUUCUCUUGAAGAGGGAGGUAUUUUGCUGAAUUUUUGAUACAUCCCGGAUCCAAAAUGGUACGUUUUUCCCCAACGGAUCAGGUCCGCCAUUGUAUCUCUCUUGUGAUGUAUUCUUCAAUCAAAAAAAUAUCGUAUUUAAUUCAACAACACACUAUUUUAGAGGGCGUCCACCAACCACUGGCCAAAAAGCCUACUAUUACAGUCUCACCAUCAUUGUCUUCCUCAUAAAUUCCAUUGGUCAGAAUCGAAUGCACAAAGUGAACCCCCAGAUCCAAUCGGUUGCCAAGCUCUUGUUUUACAAUGAUGACUGGGCAACCCCGGUAAAUCAGGUGUUUAUGGGAGGUGGGAUUGGAGAACUUCGUGUCUGGAUUUGGGGAGGGAUCAAUGCUGUGUUUACAAUCAUCGCCUACGGGCUGGUAAUUUGGUAUGAAAUGAAAAUACUCAAAGCGUUGGAUAACAUGCAGAAGAGUCGAAAAUCCCAACGUCAAGCGGAGAUUAAUAAAGCGUUAACUGCGCUGGUAAGUUCAUCGAUAACUAGCGUCUAUAACGGACCCUUACAGGUAACAUUUUUUCGUCGUAUUUCUAGGCCUUUGUUCCACUAGUCACCGCGAUUAUUCCCGUUAUGUUCUACAUGCUGGCUAUGUUUAUGUGCGCUGAUCCUGGGAACAUCAUGAUCAAAGCUACCUUCACCUUGUCUCUCGCUUCAAUUUUCAACCCAAUAACGACCAUUGCUAUGAUCAAGCCGUACCGGAGGACAUUCUUGCGGGUCGUUGGUGUGAAGAAUGCCGUUAGGGCAACCUCAACGGGCAUUUCGCUUUCGAACGCUAAGGUUGUUAUGUCUGAAUCCGCACUUGAGAACAAGCAAAUAGCGGAAAAUGAAGUGAAAAAGAAUUUUACUGAAUGA